AUGAAGGAGAAAAUACUGCAGCCUGCAGAGUACGCAUUGUUUCUGCUGAUGGAUUACUUGACCGAUGCGUGGGGACUAGGGUUCGCAUAUGCAGCUGCAAUUAUAAACAUUUGGACUGGCCUCAGUAAACUUUUGAUCUUAUGCGGUGCUUACUUGGUGGACAAAAUUGGUAACUACCGGAUGCUCCUCUACUCCACUAUAGUAUACAGCAUUGGUUUGGCGUUUUUAUACAUGUCAACGCCGGCUGUGCUGGACAACAUGGCCGGUAACUGCGGCGAGGACCGGGCGGAAUGCUACGGCCCAGCGCAAAAGGCUACGUUCUACAUAUCAUUGGUGCUAAAAGGCUUGGGCAUGGCAGGUCACGCCGUUUCUCUUGAUCCAUACCUGCACGAAAAAGAUGUGAACGAGAAAGUCCAUAAUAUUUGGAGUCUUUUCAGAAAUAAAAGUCUAGGUAAUAAUUUGACGAGAGCGGUGAUCGCCGGAGUCUCCAGUUGGCUUCUGCCGCAACGUUGGAGUGCGCGGUUUGGGAUUGUUGCGAUCUAUGGGUUUGCGGCCACGAUCGCAUUGGCGAUCGGAAACAUGUUUAAGAAUGAGACAGAAUAUAAGAGUGAGGAUAUUAAAAUAAAUUUCUGUAAAAUGUUGAACCAAACCGCCAUGAUUUGGACAUCGUUCAUAAUGUGUGGGGUGGUUUCCUCCCUCGGAAACACCUUCUUCGUGGAGCAGGCCGACAGAAUGAAGCCCACCGCCGGGAUUUACACCGUCCCUCUCGGCGUCCUUUUACUCAUAGCCCACGCCGCCAAGUUCAUCCUCAAACAAUGCUAUCAUUUUAGCUACACCUUGAUCAUGAAAAUAAUUGACGAUUGGUGCGAUAAGAUAGCAAAACAUUUCAUAGGAGUUGAGGUCCAUAAGCCGCUUUGUUUAAACGAGGUGCCGGCGCUGCUCGGCAACGUACCGGCGAUGCUCAACGCCUUACUAUGUUGCUUGGCGGCGGCGGUGGUGGAAAACUUAAGGCGGAAGGACACUAUGAAGAAAUAUCUGCACCACGAUAGCAAAUUUUGGCUGGUGCCUCAAUUCAUUUUUGUUAUCAGCAUCGAUGCAUUCCUCCAAGUAAGCGUCAAUGGUUUCUUCCAUAACUACUAUGAAUCAUCGCCUGAGGGGAAAGACGUCUCGGGAGAUCAGUCAUUGAAAAAGUACAGUAUCCAGUUCACCAACUUCCUGAUGGGUCUGGGAUUUAUAGGCAGUGUGGUGUCGGUUUUGGCGGUGGCCAAAAUCAGCGAGAGUGUGAGUGGGAAAAGCUGGAUACAGAAAGAAGUGAGUGAUAGUCGGCUGGAGAACUACUAUUGGCUCCUUGCUGUUCUAUGUAGCGUCAAUAUCGUUUAUUACGUUCUUGCAGCGAUUUGCUACACCAGAAAGGCAAUGACGGCCGCCGGCGACGCUCCUCAUCAACCCCGGGAUAAAACUGGAUGCUGCUCUUGCUACAUCACCGAUGCGCUCAAAUGGAAUCUCCGAUUCAUUCGCUCCUCAUCAGGGAAGGCUUUGCAGCAUCCUUUGCUCCUCCGAAACGUCGCAAAACAUUUUGGAUCAAAUGGUCAAAGCCUCCUUUGGAAAGGCUUAAGCUCAACACGGACUUCAUUGACGAUCGAGCUUCUCAGGUUUCUGAAGGUUAAGAUAAUAGAGACUCUCUCUAAGGCCGGGAGUGAACCUGACGAAGUGAUGGGGCAAAGUAAAUCUUCCAGCUGCCUGAGGACUUUGAUUAUGUGGACUUUGGCAUCACAUGUGAGAUGGUUUAAUAUAGCUGCAGAGUACGCACUGUUUCUUCUGAUGACUUACUUGACCGAUGCGUGGGGACUAGGGUUCGCAUAUGCAGCUGGAAUUAUAAACAUUUGGACUGGCCUCAGUAAACUUUUGAGCUUAUACGGUGCUUCCAUGGUGGACAAAUUUGGGAACUACAGGGUGCUCCUCUACUCCAGUAUAGUAUACAGCAUUGGUUUGACGUUUCUAUACAUGUCAACGCCGCCGGUGCUGGACAACAUGGCCGGUAACUGCGGCGAGGACCGGCCGAAAUGCUACGGCCCAGCGCAAAAGGGUACGUUCUACAUAUCAUUAGUGCUAACAGGCGUGGGCAUGGCAGGUCACACCGUUUCUCUUGAUCCAUUCCUGGACGAACAAGUGAACGAGAAGAAAGGCAAUUCCAGUUGUUUUUGUUCGCCAAGAAAUCUGGCUAAUUAUUUGAUGAGAGCGGUAAUCAACGGAGUCUCCAGUUGGCUUCUGCCGCAACGUUGGGGUGCGCGGUUUGGGAUUGUUGCGAUCUACGGGUUUGCCGCCACGAUGGCCUUGGCGAUCGCAAACAGGUUUUUUAAUGAUGAUGAGAAACCAACGACCAGUGAGGAUAACAAAAUUGAUUUCAGUAAAAUGUUCAAGGAAACUGCGAUGGUGUGGCCGUCGUUCAUAAUGUGUGGGGUGGUUUCCUCCUUCGGAAACACCUUCUUCGUCGAGCAGGCCGACAGAAUGAAGCCCACCGCCGGGGUUUUCACCGUCCCUCUCGGCGUCCUUUUACUCCUAACCAAAGCCGCGGAGUUCAUCCUCAAACACUGCUACGGUUUUAGCUACACCUUGAUGAAAAUAUUCUUCAAAUUGUGCGGUAAGCUCACAAAAAACUGCUACGGAUUCGACGCCGAUAAGAUAUCCGCGCUAUUCGGCAUCGGAACGGCGAUGUACAACGCCGUACUAUGUUGCUUGGUGGCGGCGGUGGUGGAAAACGCGAGGCGGAAGGACACUAUGAAGAAAUAUCUGCACCACGAUAGCAAAUUUUGGCUGGUGCCUCAGUUCGUUUUUCUAAUCGGCAUCGAUGCAUUCCUGGAAGAAAGCAUCCAUGAUUUCUUCAAAAAAAUUGCCCCUCUCUAUAAAUCGUCAUCCGAGAAGAAGGAAGAUCAGUCCAUGCAAAACUACAUUAUCCAAUUCACCAACUUCGUGAUGGGUCUGGGAUUUAUAGGGAGUGUGGUGUCGGUUUUGGCGGUGGCAAGAAUCAGCAAGAGUGUUACUGGGAAAAGCUGGAUACAGAAAGAAGUGUCUGAUAGUCGGCUGGAGAACUACUAUUGGGUUCUUACUGUUCUAAGUAGCAUCAAUAUCGUUUAUUACGUUUUUGCAGCGAUUUGGUACACCGUAAAGCUAAGGGAGGCUACCAAGAUCAGCGACGCGGCCGCCGGCGACCAUCCUCAACAACCCCGGGGUGAAACUGGAUGCUGCUCCUGCUAUCCACUGAUCAAGCUUCUCAGGUUUCUGAAGGUUGAGAUAAUAGAGACUCUCUCUAAGGCCGGGAGUGAACCUGACAAAGUGAUGGGGCAAUGUAAAUGUUCUAACUGCUGCAGCCUGAGUACUUUGAUUAUGUGGACUUUGGCAUCACAUGUGAAAUGGUUUAAUAUAGCUGCAGAGUACGCAUUGUUUCUUUUGAUGGCUUACUUGACCGAUGCGUGGGGACUAGGGUUCGCACAUGCAGCUGCAAUUAUAAACAUUUGGACUGGCUUCAGUAAACUUUUGAGCUUAUACGGUGCUUACUUGACGGACAAAAAUCAAGGAAUUGAGAACUCCCGGAUGCUCCUCUACUCCAGUAUAGUGUACAGCAUUGGUUUGGCGUUUCUAUACAUGUCAACGCCGCCGGUGCUGGACAAUAUGGCCGGUAACUGCAGCGAGGACCGGCCGGAUUGCUACGGCCCAGCUCAAAAGGCUACGUUCUACAUAUCAUUGGUGCUAACAGGCGUGGGCAUGGCAGGUCACGCCGUUUCUCUUGAUCCAUUCCUGGACGAACGUGGUGUGAACGCGGAGGGUUUUUGCAACGUAAAAAGUAUGUUUAAUAAAUUGAUGAGAGGGGUGAUCGCCGGAGUCUCCAGUUUUCUUCUGCCGCAACAUUGGAGUGCGCGGUUUGGGAUUGUCGCCAUCUAUGGGUUCGCGGCCACGAUCGCAUUGGCGAUCGCAAACGGGAUUUAUAAAGAAGAUGAGAACAAAACAAAGGAAAUCGCAAACGGGACUUAUAAAGAAGAUGAGAAAAAAACAAAGAAAAAGGAUGAAAAAAUAAAUUUCUGUAAAAUGUUGAACCAAACCGCGAUGGUGUGGCCAUCGUUCAUAAUGUGUGGGGUGGUUUCCUCCAUCGGAAACACCUUCUUUGUCGAGCAGGCCGACAGAAUGAAGCCCACCGCCGGGGUUUACACCGUCCCUCUCGGCGUCCUUUUACUCCUAGCCAACGCCGCCAAGUUCAUCCUCACACAAUGCUUUAGUGCUAGCAACGACUUGAUGAAAAAAGUCUUCGGUUGGUGCCAUCUGAUAUUAAAAAAUUGCUUCGGAGUAGUUGACGACGGUAUAAAGAAGUUGGCGCCGCUGUUCGGCAUCGGAAUAGCAAUGCUCAACGCCGUACUAUGUUGCCUGGCGGCGGCGGUGGUGGAAAACAUAAGGCGGAAGGACACUAUGAAGGAAUAUCUGCACCACGAUAGCAAAUUUUGGCUGGUGCCUCAGUUCGUUUUUCUUAUCGCCAUCGAUGCAUUCCUCCAAGUAAGCGUCACAGAUUUCUUCCAAAACUAUAAAUCAUCAUCGCCUGAGGAGAAUUGGAAGGAAGAUCAGUCCCUGAAAAAGUACAGUAUCCAGUUCACCAACUUCGUGAUGGGUCUGGGAUUUAUAGGCAGUGUGGUGUCGGUUUUGGCGGUGGCCAGAAUCAGCAAGAGUGUGAGUGGGAAAAGCUGGAUACAGAAAGAAGUGACUGAUAGUCGGCUGGAGAAUUACUAUUGGGUUCUUGCUGUUCUAAGUAGCAUCAAUGUUGUUUAUUACGUUAUUGCAGCGAUUUGCUACAGCAGAAAGGCAAAGAAGGCUCCCAAUAACAACACGGCCGCCGGAUGCUGCUCCUGCUAGUUGAUGCUGCUGGCUGCUUUUUGUCAUAAUAAGACGCCUGGCCAGUGGCCUGCCAGAGAAAACCUGUUGUCUUUUUUAAUGUGUGUCGAGUGAUUUUUUACUUUUUUUUUUUUUUGAAGAGAAAACCUGUUGUCAUUUUAAUUUGUGAGGGUGUGUACAAAUGUACAAUGUAUUUGAUAAAUUUAUUUAUUUUUUUUGAAAAA